AUGAAGAAUUUAUUUAUAAUUGGAUGUCUAUUUUAGCUCAUUAAUUGUGUUUCAAUUGGAGUUGAAGGUGGAUCAGUUAAGUGUUUUUUUUUGGAUGGAUAUGAUGGAUAGAUAGUAAAGGUACCAUAUGUUGUAACAGGUAUAAAUGAGGAAAAUGUUUUUGUGGAAGUAUGUAUAAAUUUGAAUUAGUUAUUUGAAACAAUUACUGAAAAUGAUAUCUAAUAUAACAAAACUUUAGAAUCUUAAGAAGGAAAAAGAGAAGGAUAAUUAAAACACCUUGUUAAAGGAAAUAAAGAAAUUUACCUAUGCUUCUAAUCUAAUGAUAGUUAUUAUAAGAUAUUUAGCUUUGACAUAGAUAUUAGUGGUGUAGAUAAGAACUUUGCUGAUAAAAGUAUAAUUGAUAAAGACAUAAAAUAUAGAUUAAAUGGAUGAGACUGAAGGAUCAUUAAAAUAAGUAUUAUCUAAGAUGCAUAAAGUUUAUAGAAAUCAACAUUUUCAAAUAGAUAGAGAGAAUUACCAUGAAAAAUGUAUGUGCAUGAAUAUAAUAUAUUGUUAGUGAUGGAAAGUACUGAGAAUUAAGUAAAAUGGUGUGCAUUAUGUAAAAUAGUAGUUUUGAUGAGCGUAUGUUUAAUUUAAAUAUAUAUGUUAACUAAUUUUUUUAAGGACAAGAGCUUUGGACCUAGUGUUUGA